UGCUGCGGUUGCUGCGGUUGCUGCGGUUGCUGCGGUUGCUGCGCAACGCCAAUGCUGCGGUAACUUGCUGUUACUGCGGAUGCUGCGGUAGUUGUUGUUACUGCGGUAGUUGUUGUUACUGCGGAUGCUGCGGUAAUGCUCUUAUUCAACAAGCUGUUCAUCGAAUCUUUACAAGGUAAAGGGUUCGUUCUAAUUAUAGUUGUUCCUUUUGAUAAUUUGGGGGUGCAAGAGAGUUGUAGAGUUGCUGCGGUUGCUGCGGUAGUUACGUAUUGUAUUCUGAUUGCCGCUUGGUGUGUGGUUCUUUUGUAUGUUUGGUUUAUUUGUUAUGGGUGGUUCUCGGGGUAACAC